CUGGCGGACUCGGUCAUGCUGCGUGCGGUGAGCGCUCUGGGAGCGCGGCCCCCGUGUCGGCCGCCGGGCCUGCUGCUGCUGCCCGCGCGGGGCCGCAAGACCCGCCACGACCCGCCGGCCAAGUCCAAGGUCGGACGCGUGGCGACCCCGCCCGCAGUGGAUCCUGCAGAGUUCUUCGUGCUGACGGAGCGUUACCGGCAGUACCGCCAAACCGUGCGAGCCCUCAGGCUGGAGUUCGUGUCCGAGGUGCGGAAGAAGCAGCACGAGGCCCGGGCUGGGGUCCUGGCAGAGCGCAAAGCGCUGGAGGACGCCGCUGAGCACCGCGAGCUGAUGGCCUGGAACCAGGCGGAGAACCAGCGGCUGCACGAGCUGCGGAUAGCGAGGCUGCGGCAGGAGGCCCAGGAGCAGGAGCAGCGGCGGGCCGAGGAGAAGGCCCGCCAGGCCCGGGAGGCGCAGGCCUGGGCGCAGCUCAAGGAACAGGAAGUGCUGCAGCUGCAGGAGGAGGCAAAAAACUUCAUCACCCGAGAGAACCUGCAGGCACGGGUGGAAGAAGCACUGGACUCACCGAAGAGCUACAACUGGGCCAUCACCAGAGAGGGGCUGGUGGUCAGGCCGAAGCACUAGGGCUGCUGAAGGCCCAGUAAAGACAGUGCCCAUCCAGGGACCAUGUGUGUAAGGGGGUAGGAGGGCUGGGCCUGAUCUGGAAUAAAGCAGUUGGUGUUUCCUGUGAAGAAGGAGUCUCAACCUAUUGCAGUGCAGCCCUUGCGUUCUGACCUCUGCACCCACCACAUGGUCAGAAACUCCCACAUACAGUGCCCUGAUCUGCACCCAUGUACAACUCUCAGCACAGCGCCAGACCUCAGAGGUUUCCGUGUCACAGAGGAGCAGAUUGGGCCGUAGUCCCCUUGGGCAUCCAGGUCAUCUGAGUGUCAUCGAGGCCAGUGGUUGGCAAAUUACAGUCCUUGGGCCAAAUCUGGCUUGCUGCCUGUUUUUGUAAAUAAAGUUUAUUGGAACACA